ACGUCAGGCCCCAAUCCUUAUUGGCGGGAAGUGGUAGCAGCUGCAAUUUCCGCUUCCGGCGGCGUGAGGAGAAUUUUUUUUGUUAAAUAUUUUUUUAAAUUUCUAUUUAACAAUUUGUUAACUGUUAACAUAAUAACCUCGUCAACGCAACGUUCAAAGCCGAACGUUGCCGUCGUCUCGAUUAACGGAGGCGGCUUUUAUUUCUCUAUUUAAAAAUAUAUUUUAAGUUUGUAAACGAAAAUCAACGAUGAGCACUCGCCUCACGCGGAACGGUGGUGAUGGUGGCGAUGAUGUUGGUGAUGUUGGUGGUGGUGGUGAGGGUUGUGGUGAGGGUUGUGGUGAUGUAGGCGCAAGGCGUGCCGAUGGUGGAGUUCGUGGUGAUGGUGGUGGUGAUGAUGAUGGUGGUGAUGAUGGUGGUGAUGGUGGUGGUGAUGGUGGUGAUGGUGGUGGUGAUGGUGGUGGUGAUGUUGGUGAUGGUGGUGGUGAUGUUGGUGAUGGUGGUGAUGGCGAUGUGGCGUCCCACGUUCUCUCCGCUGUGGACGAGGUGGCCGAGCGAGUUCUCUCGUUCCUGCCCGCCAAGACGCUCCUCGCCUGCUCCACUGUUUGCCGCUUGUGGAGCUGCACGGUUCGCCGAAUCCUGCGCCAUCGCCAGCGAAUGGAGUGGGCGGCUGUGGGGGCGACGGUGUCCAACCAGGACCCCUCGCAGCAUGCACUGCUGCCCUGCCUGGCACAGCACCUCAAGACUGCUUGGAGUGUUCCCCGUCUGGCUCUCUAUUUGGCCGACUCGGACUCCUUCCUCAACUCGGAACCGCGGACGACUCAAGGCCGCAAGCGAGCGAGGAUGGAGCGAGCCGUGCGUCUGUCGGAGGAGUUGGAGCGGAUUCUCCCAUCACGCUGCUCCGUCGUAGGGGUGGCGGUGCCGGGCGUCAUCCUGACCCCAGCAGGGCCGGGUUCGCUCCCUGUCGAGGUGGAGUGUGGCCCGGCCGGCGUGUGCCUGCUGCUGCCAGACAUGGACGGCGUCACGGUGAGGGCCUCCUGCCUGCAGCCUCGCGACGCCGUCGGAGGAGACAAAAGCCUGAGAGUCAAACUGCAGGAAGCUGGUCUCCUCGGCGAUCCCGAGCUGCGUGCUGUGCUGGUGCUCUGCCACCAGUCCCGCUCCCCCCGUCUCCUCGGCGAUCCCGAGCUGCGUGCUGUGCUGGUGCUCUGCCACCAGUCCCGCUCCCCCACCGUCUGGACGUUCUGCCACAAGCUGCUCCGCCUCCUGGAGCCGGAGAACGCCGUCAUCGCCGGCGGGAAAGUCCACAGCCUGCUCUCGCCAUCGCACCUCGUGCCCGAGGGUGGCGGGGUGCUCUGCGUCUCGUUCAGCGGCCCCCACGUGCAGGCCGCCUCGGUUCUCCUCGACACGUCGGUGGCCACGCCGGAGGCCGCACGUGCCACCCUGCGUCGCCUCGCCAUCCCGGGCCUCCCCGCGGGGGCCGAGGCGGCCGCCUUCCGGGAAGUCUUCCCGCGGACGCCGCUGCUUGGGUUCUUCGGCGAGGGCGAGAUUGGCUGCGACCGAAUCUCCACCGGGAGGUACAGCCUACGGCAGGUGUCCGGCGGGGAGAUGGCGGCGGCCGGCGGCGGCGGCGGCGGCGGCGGUCGUGGUGCCAACGCGAUUGUCCACGGUUACACGAGCGUCUUCACGCUGCUGCACCUGGGAUCGGGAGGCGGUGGUGGCGGAGCAAACGAGACCAAACUCUGCUCACGUCGCCAUGGGCCCUACUGA